GAGGCGCAGGAACCGGUUCAGGACACAGACACAUGAAGAUGUGACAUAUGACAUAAAAUAACACGCGUUGUGUUGUAUCACUGUCUUUUUUUAUUGGUAUUUUUGAACUAUCGUUUGUUCCAAGACGAUGUCAGAAGCUAAAGAUUCAUCGGUGCCGCUCCAGUUCGUGUAUACUGACCGGGACUUUGUCACAGACGUAUGUCGCAGUAGCGGAAACAGUACCGGGAAGCCUUCGUUGCUUGCACAGUUUGACACACUUCUUCAAACCGGCUGGACAGACAGAAUGGAGCGAGGACUGUUUCGCUAUAAUCUGGGUGAUUUACAGACGCGUGUCAUUCCAGGCUCACAUAACUUUGUGGCUCAGUUGAAUGUUCAAAGAGGAACAGAGAAAAGAAAGCCUCAGGAGAUACUGAGCAUUAAGCAGGAGUUCAAUCCGAGACAGUUUAAUUUUAACAAAAUCAAUCCAGAAGAAAUCCUUUUUGAAAUGAUCAAGGACACACACGGGGGCACAGCUUUGCAAAACGGUGGACAGUUGCUUCAGCCAAGUAGGAUGACCGUGCUGGUCAAUGUCAGUCCUCUGGAGUUUGGACACUGUCUCUUUGUUCCUGAUCCGUCACGCUGUUUACCGCAGGUUCUGACUCGUUUCACCAUCCAGGUUGGAAUAGAAUCUGUGCUCCUGAGUUCUGGCACUGGCUUUCGUGUGGGUUUCAACAGUCUGGGAGGAUUUGCAUCCGUCAAUCAUUUACACCUUCAUGGCUAUUACAUGGACCACGAGCUCAAGAUAGAGUCUAUGAAGGUCAAGCCGCUAGUUCCUGAAAAGGGUUUUUAUCGAAUGUGUGACUUUACUGCAGGUUUUUUGUUUUACACAGAGUCAGAGGAGGUGGAGGACGUUGCCAGAGCCAUUUGUGAAGUGACAGACUUCCUGGUGGAUGGCAACAUCGCUCACAACCUGUUCUUGACUAGAGGAUGUCCACCCUGUGAUCACAUCGAGAGCGAAAAUAAUGUGUGUGUAAGAAAAGGUGUUCGUAUUGCUGUGUGGCCCAGGCUGUCUUGUUUUGGUGCCAAAGAGGACUCGGCCUUCAACGUUGCUCUUUGUGAGCUGGCUGGACAUUUACCUUUUAAGAACAACAGGGACUAUGAGCUCUCCACUGAGAAAGAUGUGACCGAUAUCAUUCAGAAGUACCUUCUGCCCGAGGAUGGGAUGCAAGCCUUAGAACAGCAGCUUACUCGACUGUUACUGGGUUUCUAAAUCCAUGUAUUAAUAAUCCCCUGAAAUAGAUGUCGCAUAGAUUUCAGUUUGAGUGUUUCAUGUUUUGGAACAUAAAUUAAGAAAAUGAUGCAUCUAGCCUAAAUAUAGGAUGUGCACAUCACUACUGAAUACAGUUACAAGGUUCCAGUCAGGUUUUUUCUGGCUGACUGUUGUGGUCUAACCAUAAAGGGGGAUUAUACAUUAAGUUUUAUUAUUUGUGACAUUAUGGAUUUUUAAACAGCUGAUAUAUUUUACUGAAACUUUUAAAAUAAAGUUAGAAAACCAAUUACAAAUUACAAAAACACACAUUCUGGCUUGUUUGUUGUUUGGUUUGAACUUGCUCAUGUUACUGCACUGUUGUGCAGAAGAAGGGGCUACAAUGGACUGUUUAUUGAUGAAGAAGAUGAUGAGGGUGACGCAAAUGUUGAGCUGAGUCUGUGGUCAUUCCCAGCCUUUUUCUUGAAGGACCCAUAUUUCCUUGUUAAUAGGAGUUUGAUUGUCGGUUAUUAGUCACACAUUACUGCAGCUUUAUUUAUAAUAAAGAUUAGUAUAUCUAGACAGCAGACAGUAAAGGAUUUCACCUGUAGUAUAUGGUGUGUAUGUCACAGUUGUAUAAAUUGAAAUGAAAAAUAA